GCGGAGGCGGCGGCGGCAGCGGCAUCAGCACCACCAGCAUCAGCAUCAGCAUCUUCUGGGCUCCCCGCCUUGGUCCCGCUCAAUCCCCUCGGAGGCAGCAGCAGGAGCAGCCUCACCGUCUGGACGGCCCUUUCCUGCGCCGCGUCCAUCGCCUCUCCCGCUCGGGGGCCGGGCGGGGCUGGUGGGAGAGGCGGCUCGGGAGGCGUCCACCUGGGCUCCUUCCUCCGUGGCUGCCUCUCCGGGGCUCUGCGUGGCUCGCCCUCCUCGCCGCCGACGGAUGCCCGAAGGUGCCGCAUUGCCUGGCGGAGCUCUUCCUGCUCGGCUGGAAGGGACUCCUCGCCUCGCCCCCCCCCCCCACUCUCUCCCUCUCUCUCCAUCUUUCUUGUUUUGGCCAGGCCACGGCACCCCCCCGCGCCCCACCAGCGAGGCGGAGGUGAGGCACCCAGAAGGUCGGCAACCCUCCCGGCGUCGGUCUUCCUUGUGCUCCUCCUUCACCUCAUUCCUGCUCUAGGACGGAAAAAUCCAUCCCAAGCUAUAUAGGGCUCAAAAAAAAUUCCCACAAACCAAGAAGUGGAGGUAGGAAAAGGAGCCCCGUUUUCCCCAAAUUGCUAAUUCCAAAAUACAGAGCCUGGUGGGAAGAAGGGGUUGCUUUGGGUUGCUUUAAAUAGAUCCCCACUUGUAUUUGCUGGUCUAUGUAACCAUAUAUAAUCUGUUGCAGGAGCAUCCAGAGUGAGAUCAUUGCUUUGCAGAGCACUCUGUGGGUUAAAAGAUAGAGGGAAAAUCUAGUAUCUAUGAACAUCAUCCCAAUCUAGGGGGAGAAAUAUUGCUGCCUGGCUCUCAGGCCUUGUUUUCCGCCCCUAGAGAACAUCCCAUACAGAUUGGGGGGUCUUUUAUUUUCCCUGGAUCUCAUCCGAAAGGGACAAUACAGUGUGAGUGAAAGUCUUUUCGCUCACCCCCCCCCCCCCAUUUCUUGCGUGGGGUUCGCAAAGCUAUUAACUCAGCUUCCUUGGGCCCUGCCAGGGCCAUUAUUUCUGCCAGCUGGCAGCAGGAGAAUAAAGCAAAUUUCCGCCAGCCAUAGUUUUUACAGCUGCUUCAAGCAGUUAACAAGUGCAGGGAGGUUGGGACCAGAUGCUUAGUGGGGUCACCAAAGAAUUGGCCUGAGCAAGAUGCAAAGGGCAAAUGGGAACUGAGCAAGGCUUACCUAUUGAACGCUGCUGCCAGAUAUUUGUGUCGGAGAGAUUCAUGCCUUAAGGCAAAGGACCACCAGGCAUUUUGGAUUCUUUUUUGAAAAGGUGGAGUCUGCUUUUUCCCUCCCUCCUGGAAAAGCAAAGGAUCUAUUUUCCCUGUUGUUGUUUUUAAGAAACCAGAGCUUCAAGAUUUUCUGGCAGAUUUGGCUUUGGAUCCCUUUGUACAGACCAGAAGAGCAGAAGCAGUGGUACAGGACAGGGGGGCACAAUGACUCAUUUGCAGGCAGGUCUGUCUCCGGAGACGCUGGAAAAAGCCCGGUUGGAAUUGAACGAAAACCCAGACACUUUGCACCAGGACAUCCAGGAGGUACGGGACAUGGUGAUCACUCGGCCAGACAUUGGCUUUCUGCGCACGGACGAUGCUUUCAUCCUCCGCUUUCUUCGGGCUAGAAAGUUCCAGCACUUUGAGGCUUUCCGCUUGCUGGCCCAGUACUUUGAGUACCGUCAGCAGAACCUGGAUAUGUUCAAGAGCUUCAAAGCCACUGACCCAGGCAUCAAGCAGGCACUCAAGGAUGGCUUCCCCGGAGGGUUGGCCAACCUUGAUCAUUACGGCAGGAAGAUCCUGGUCCUAUUUGCGGCCAACUGGGACCAAAGCAGGUACACACUGGUAGAUAUUUUGCGUGCCAUACUUCUUUCCUUGGAAGCCAUGAUAGAGGAUCCAGAACUUCAAGUAAAUGGAUUUGUUUUGAUUAUAGACUGGAGCAACUUCACUUUCAAACAGGCUUCUAAACUGACACCAAGUAUGCUUCGAUUAGCCAUUGAAGGUCUUCAGGACAGUUUUCCGGCUCGCUUUGGAGGAAUUCAUUUUGUCAAUCAACCAUGGUACAUCCAUGCCCUCUACACAGUGAUACGGCCUUUUUUAAAGGAAAAGACAAGGAAAAGGAUAUUUCUCCAUGGAAAUAACCUCAACAGUCUGCACCAGCUUAUUCAUCCUGAGAUUCUGCCUUCUGAAUUUGGAGGAAUGCUGCCCCCUUACGAUAUGGGUACAUGGGCACGAACACUGCUAGAUCAUGAAUAUGAUGAUGACAGUGAAUAUAAUGUGGAUUCCUACAACACUUGUGCAAAAGAAGUUGAAAAGGACCUAUCUCCCAAAUCCAUGAAGAGGUCUCAGUCAGUUGUGGACCCUGGAGUGUUAAAGCGUGUGGAUAAAAGCGAAGAGGAAAACAUGCAGCCAUUGCUUUCACUUGACUAACAAUGCCUGAGCAUCGAACAUGAAUUGGGGUGGAAGGUAUUGCCUUUCAGCAACAAGCAAAUCAUUGGGAGAGAAUCAGUACCAGCUGGAAUCCUGUUUUCAUGUUAAUGUAGCAUAAUGUAAUGAGGCAGCAGGUUUUGCCAGUCAUCCUGGAACAUGGCUGCCCAGGGCUGGAAAACAGGGUGGGGAAAAAGAAAAGGAAAAGAUAUCAAUAAUAUAUUCUGUAAGUGCCAACCUGUUUGUAAAUAGAGUCUGUUCCUUCUCUCUGCAUUUGUAAGUAAUGGUAUGGAUGUAGUGUGGGGGAAAAAUAGAGUGACUAUUAAAAUAUGCCAGUUGAAUGCACUGUAAAAGAACAGAUAGUAUUCAGAUAAAAUAAACAAGAAUAUGUAAGUAGCUUUCAUCCUUUUUAUACAAAGCUAUAUGACAGUUUCAUACUUUCCAUAGUUUAACAAUAGACAUUGUAUAUGGUGUGAUAUUUCCAGUCUUAUAAGGUGGUAUUUCAUAGACAUUGCUAUGGUUUGCAGUUUGCAUUAUUUUUUGUAAAGAACAUUUUAGUAGCAGGAAGCCAAGCACCAUCCCUAGGUUUAUGAGAUAUAUCUGAUUUUUAAUAUGUUCACACCAACUAUGGAUUUAAGUGCUCUCUGGGUCCUGACCAAUUAGUUGGGCUUCAAAAUGUCCGCCUCACACUUUGUUCAUGUCUCAGAACUUUCCUUCUUAUGUGGAACAUACUCAGUAAUGCUCUGCUAUUAAUUCAUAAUAGUUAGCAGCAACAGACUGAUGCAUCAUUUCUAAAACUUCUGAAACUGAAGUCUGAAUACAUAUCUCUAUAUUUUUACCAGUCUCUACGUAUAAAGUGUCAUUGGUAGAUGAGUAUAUUUAAUCAAGGAUUUAUAAAAACAAAAAUAUCAUACCUAUUUGGUGUGCCUAGAGUUUAUUAUAGAUUGUAUAUUAAGCCAAUGUCGUUGUUAUCAUAGUAAAUGAUUUAAGUACAGCACCCUACUUCAGGCAAAAUUUAAUUAUUGUUAAGUAUGUAGUACAAUACCAUGUUGAGGUCACUUUUUGUUUUGUGGUGUAAAUGUGUAGAUGAAAUAUGUGCCAUAUUAGACAUGAAAUACAUUUUACCUCAAAAGACCAAACUGUCUCCAAAGUGGACUGUACAUGGUCAGCUGUAGUUUAGGGGAUAUGUUUUCAUCUUUGAUGUGUGCUGAUAUGCAUGUCUAUUUCUGCUGAACAUCAAGGCAAGAAUGUGUCCUAUAACUAUCCAAACCUCUUUAAUCAGGAUUUAAUAUUCCAUUUGAACAAAAAUAACAUGUACUUUUGCUUGUAAUAACCAAAAUUGAAUGUCUUAACUCUUAUGGGCUCUGAAGAAAUGUAUCAGAAUCAGUUAGGGGAUAUUUGUGACCAGAAAUGGAUUGGCAUCCUACAGCCUAUUGAAAAUCUUCAGAGGCUUUUAGUUUCAAGAAAGGAGAAUGAAAUGACUCGCUUAUUUUAUCACAUUCCUGCCAUCCAGAGAUUUAUGAGUUCUUGAAAAAGGAGGUCCCAUUGUUCCUGCAUUGUCCUUGUAGAAUUUACAUGGUCAUUCUCUCCAGUCACCGUAAGCUUAACACCAUUCUACCCAGAAAACCUCCGAACUUCGAAAUUUUGGAAGCUAAAAAAAGGUUGGAUCUGGUUAGGGGACACCCGGGUAGGGCUCAGAAAGAAUCAUACCUGAAAUCCUGGAGAGCUAUUGCUGUCCGAUAGACCAAUGAUCUGACUCCAGUACAAGGUAGUUCCCUAGAUUUCUGUGUGCUAUUAUUGUUUACCGUAGCUUAUUCUUAUGGUAAUAUGGGGACUGUAGUGUUACGUAGAUCAUUUUAUAUGUGUUUGAAUGCUAAUUUAAGAGAUUCUUAUUUAUUCUUAAUUCCUCUUUCUCUAGUUUCCAUUUUGUCAUUGUGUCCUUUGAGGGCUAGAACAUUCACCUGGUUACAUUAUUAAACUAUUCAUCAAUCUAAUAGCAAUGAGCUACUACAUACAGCGUCUCUCAAAUAGACUUCUGUUUGUGAGUGUGGCUUCUACCUCCUUCUGACAAUCCCAUACCAUCACCAGAUCUGCUCUGGAAGAUCUCCCAAACUGAGGAGCAUGCAUGGCACUGCUGAGCAGAAGGAGAAUCUACUCCACCAGCUACUGCUUGCAGAUGCAGAUAGUCACCCCCAACUAUAACCUAUUGUGAACAACCAAUUAUAUAUCAAAGCAGAAAGACACCAGAGUUAGAAACAUUCCGACCAUGGGAACACUAACCCAAACUGUUACAUUGUUAUCAGGGAUGGCUUUUAAUUGGGAAUAAUGCCUAAAGAUUUCGAGUUAAAACAAUGAUUACAUCUUAAGUGAUGAAGUGUCUUCCUGUGGCUUCCCUUAGGACUGUUUUAUAGCAUGUCCUGCAACAGGUAACAUUAGACGAUCUAAGCUCUUUGUGAUGCACUUGUAUGAUACAUGCUUUCACACCAACUUCACAUUCAUACUGCACAUUAGUGAGUAUGCACUAAAAAGAAAAUCCAUGCAAAUAUGAUGGGGCUAUGAAGAUAUCAUGUUCUUGGCUCUUGUUGGACAAUAACCUGUCUCAGCAUGUUGCUAGAAAUACAACUGAAACCCAUUCACCACAUUGAUACAAAUACUGCAUGUCUCUAACUUAGCAUGUGUGACUCACAUGAUUGACUAGGAAGUGAUUUCAAUAAGUAUUUGCUAUUGUACACUGAAAAAUCCCAAAAGCUUAGAAGUCUUCAAUACAGGGCUACUAUUUUCCAUCAUGGUGUCAUUAGAAUGAGAAUGCUGUGGGAUAUUUGGAAUCCGUAUGCCAUAAAUUGAUAGGGUAAUGAAAUUGUGCUAUAAUCUAUUUGGAGAAAUUGCCACAUAUUUUUGGCUUUACAAUGGAUCAACAUAGAUAGAUGCAUUCGUUUUCACCUCCAGCAAUACUAACAGUAACAAUUUUUUUUCCGUGUCAGGAGCGACUUGAGAAACUGCAAGUCGCUUCUGGUGUGAGAGAAUUGGCCGUCUGCAAGGACGGUGCCUAGGGGACACCCGGAUGUUUUGAUGUUUUUAUCAUCCUUGUGGGAGGCUUCUCUCAUGUCCCCGCAUGGAGCCGGAGCUGAUAGAGGGAGCUCAUCCGCACUCUCCCCGGGUGGGAUUCGAACCUGGCAGCUUUCAGAUCAGCAACCAGCAGUAACAAUGACAAUAUGCUGAGUUAUACAUAAGUAUUAAAUUUGCCCUUUUCCCUGUCUGUCUGUCUGUCUGUUGGAAGAAAAACGCAAGAGUUCAAAAUAUCCCUAUGUAAUCACCACUUAUAAAGAUAUCAGCCUACCUGUUUCAUUGUCUCUUUAGAGUGAAUUGCCAACAUGUAUACUUCAUGCCUGGGAAAUUAUAAUUGCCAAAUGAACGUCAAAAUAGGGUGCCAUGUUGUGGCAAAUCAGAACUGGAUUGUGUUGAUUUGAUUAAAGAGUAGUGGAUGAAUGUUUCUUCUGUUGGUCCUUGGGGGAAGGGGUGGGUGGGUGGUUGGGUGUGUUAGGAAGUUUGGCUAGAUGGCCUUUUAAUCCUUUCAAACUGUCAUAUGGAAGCUGUCAUGCCCACAUGGAGCUCCAGGAACACUUUUCUUUCUCCACAACACAGACAUAUUUUGAACUGUCAUUUUCAUUUUGUCUUCAUGCUGCUAGACUGGCUGAGCUAUAGUUGAAGGACCUGAACUGGCUGAAUGGGGGAGUGAACUCUCUCCACAAAAAGCUGGAAGUACUGUCCUUUCAGUAGGGCAGUAUGUAUAUUAAUUCUCAAUCCCUUUACAUUUUAAUCUUUGUUCAUCUACAGAUUGGAAAGAAAUUUUCAUUUGAUAAGUACUGAACUCAAUUCUCUAUAUCUCUAAGGCUUGCCCCACUCAUAAUCCCAAAUAUGUACAAUGUAGGUAAAAUAGAUCAGAGGCUUGGUGUGGCAAUGUUGCUUAUUGGACCUACUGGCCACAGAAAAGCAGAGGCCAAGCUCUGAGUCAAGGUUUUCUUGGUUUGAUUACUCUUGUUCAUAACAAUAAAGGAUUGGGGAUUUCCCCCCUGAAGUAGAGUGUCAGAACUAAUUUUUCUGGUGUUAACAUGUUCCUUAUUUAAACUUCAGUAAAGUCAGUAGUGAUUAAACCAGGCUUGACAGUUUCCAAGUAUCUGGAGACAGAGCCAUGGCUCAUAUGGCUUUAUUAAUUUCACUUUACAAAAGCUGAAAGCUUGUGUCCCUGUGUUUCAUUUAAAUCCCUUUGUAAAAGUAAUUAUUCUUAGAAUCUUUAUCAAACUUUGUGAAAGAAAAAUCAGUAUGUCAAGUCAUGACACCUCUGUUCAAUGAAGGACUUGCUUUUGUUUUAUUUUUGCAUUUGAAUUCUUGCCUGUGUGUGUGCCCUUAACUGCAGUUUAUGAAAUGCCUUCUGAUGUUUAAUUCAUGUAUGGCUAUAAUAAGCAUUCAGGUAGUCUUCUUAGGAGGUGGUGAUUUUACAUUAUUCACCAUCCAUAGUUCAGUAAGAACAAACUAAGAUAUUUGAAAGGAAGAAGACUCACAGCAGAAUGUCUGGUUUUCUGAGAAUAUCAGCAAAUUCUCAUUAAUUUCUGCUGCUAGGUAAGGAUAUAGUAGUAGGAGAUGAUUUAAUUGGUUCAAUUUGAACAUAUGCAUUGCUUUUCACAAUUUAAGAACAUUCCCAACACCAUCAGAAAAAAGUGCAAUACAAGAAACUUAGCCUUUUUCUUUGGUGACUGUGGUAUUAGUUGAUCCUUCUGAGUUCGGCUCCCAAAGUACAUUGGAAAUUUUUCCAUAUUUGUUUUUGCCUAGCAGAAGUAUUCAGCUUUUCAGGUAUUACAGAAAACUUUUGGUGUCUACUCAUGUGUUCUUACUUUUUUCCCUCAGUAUGGAAAACCUUCAGGUCUUACUACCUCUACACAUGGGGCAUUUUUGCCCAGUUUUGCUGCUUUGUUGCGUGGCAAGGAUGGGGCCUGACAUGCACCAUCAUAUGACACAUGGCAGGAGUGGAAGCUCCAAAAAGUGCUUCUUCCUCCACCACGGGGAGGAAAGUGUGGGUAGCUCUGACAGAGCUAUCCACACUUUCCUCCCCUUUCCUCUGUAUAAUGGGGCAAUGCAUGUUGCUGCCCUUUCUCCCAUCUAAUGGGGGAAGGAGGGAGGGCGCGCGGAGCACCACAAGCCACCCACACGCCUUCCUUUUUACCAGUGAUGUCCAGUGCAACAGCAUGGCCCAAAAGGGCAGUGUGAAGAGGUCCUUAGUCUGAAGUUUAAAGGAAAUAUGUCUGUAAGUGCCUUCAAGUUGCCUGAUGACUUUUGGCAACCUCAUGAAUUUCAUAGGGUUUUCUUAGGCAAGGAAUAUGCAGUGGUGAUAUGCCAGUUCCUUUAUCUGAAAUAUAGCUAACAGCACCUGAAAUUCAUUGCCAAUCUCCCAUCCUGCUUAUUCUUACAAGAUUACCUAGAACUUGAUGCUUUUAACGUAUUUAGGUCCUACCCAAACCUAUGAGGAUAGCAUCCAGCACCUUGGAUAUCUCCCUUAAAGUUUGAACAAAACUCAGUGUGAACUCAUUGCAUAUGCAGUAGGAGCUUUUACUAUCCCUGACCCCUCCGUUUUUUAUAUUUGGUCUUUGCCCUUUAUUCUUUUUUAAAUCGUUUUCCUCUCCCCACAUUUCUACUCUCCCCUUUAUUCUUUCUUCACUUUUAUCAGUAGCAUGGUAUUUUUCUCUUCAUGUAGUUCCCUCCCUUAUCUAAAAGAUCUUAGGACAUUGUACAAUAAAAUCAAUAAAAUUAAAUUCCAUUAAAUAAAAUGGUUUUUAAAGACUGUAAUACAUUAAACAACAUUAAACAGUGAUAAUAGUUGUUGAUAAUAGAAAUAAUAAACUCCCUGUAAAGUGUUUAAAAAUAUAUAAAGCAGGAAUUAGAAAAACAAUAUAACAGAUAUAAAUGCUUUGAGUAUACAUAACUUAUAUAGGAGCGGAAUUGUGUGGUUUGUGGGCUGCAUGCUACCCUUUGGGAUGAGUCCAAUAUGAUCCUUGAGAACUCCAACAAGGCCCCACAAAACCUUAGCAUCCCAAAAGAAGGUCAAAUAUGCACUUAAAUAUUUUAAGGCUCCUCGAGGCUGUUAAAGGUCCCUGAUUCUCAAACUGUAAGAAGCCCUCUACUAAAGGUGGCCUAAUGUCACUUCUGGUCACCCAAGAUGUUGAGCAUAGUGUUCCAGUGCAGGACUCCAAAUGUCUUAAGGCUCUAGAUCAAUGAUUCCCAGGCCUUAUGCUAUGGGAACUAAGUUUGGUGAGUACUUGGAUGAAUUGAAAAUGUCUCUAGAACAGUGCUUCUUAAACUGUCUGAUGUUUGGGACCUGCAGGGUAUUCCCCCCCGCCCUCCCCAAGUGUGCCAGGAACUGGCACCAUAUUUGUGUUCAUUCCUGAACAUUUCCUGUGAGUUAGAAACCAAGUGGUUGACAAAACCCGCUUGUUAACCUCUCUGAUGUGGUAGACUGCUUUUUUCACCUCUCAAUGUGCCUCAGGCAGACACCAUGUUUAACUACAGCUGUUUCAUGCUGUCCUGGAAAUUUGCCAAUGGCUCACAGACUGGCAUUAGUGCGUAGAACAUGACUUGGAGUAGCACUGCCCUGGAGCAUGAACCAUUCAUGUGCCAAUAUUUUUCCAGAAAGACAUGACCACAGGGAUAAUGUGAGACUAGAGCUACUAGGCAUUCCUUCAAAAGAGGAGUUGGUUUUGUAAGCAGUUCACUUUCCUUUUUUAAGAUUAGUUAGAACCACAGAGUCAUGAAUCUAUGGAAUGCUUUGUACCAAUAUCACUUUUCACCAAGAGAUGUGGCAUAACUUAGGAGGAUAAUAUGGAGCCUAAUGUGCUGCCAUUGAAUCAGGAGUAUUUGUAGUUGUAUUACCAUUUUAAGAUGGAGGAUAUAAAUAAGAAGCCUAAAGAUUUCUCAACUGUUAUUGCCAAUAACACAUCAACACACAAAAUUAUUUUUAAGGUGGUAGAGAAGUUUGUUUUUCUACCUCCUGAAGUUACUCCUAAGUGAUAAGGCAGAAUGUUAAUAUCCUGGCAAAUGACUUAGAUUUUUAGAUCAUAAGAAAUAUUGAGAAUUGACCCAUCAUAUAAGAAUGGUGAAGACUUUUCAGCACAUGAAAACAAAAGAGAUUUUAAGAUAACCCAUGGCAACAUAUUUUUCUGUCCAAAAACAAAUGCAAAGCUCAAUGAGGAAAUGUUUUUAGAGACAGCAUUGACUGAGGGCUUGUUUAUAUCAAUGGCUAAUUUACAGGAACAGGAGGAGGGUAGAAGAUUACAAAGAGCAAUGGAUUUUAUUUUGUUUUUGUCUCCCAGUGUUUUCAGCAUUUCACUUUAUUUUUUAUGAUACUUUCGUGUUACCUGGUUAUCAAUAGUAUUUAUUGUGUAUGGUUUAGGAUGAGGAUAAAAUUGAAAAUAAAUUAUGUUGAAAUUAUGUAGAAGGUUGUGCAGUCAUGUUACCAACAGCUGCAAGUGUUGGAUUUGAAUGGGGAAAAUAAUUACUCUUUUUAAAAAUAUGAAAUCAAAUUCUGGGUCAUAAAUUCAAAGGAAAAAAGGGAAUAUGGAGUCAUUGUGGCAUAUGUAUAUAUAUUUAUACCAGGCCUGGGCAAACUUCAACCCUCCAGGUGUUUUGGAUUUCAACUCCCACAAUUCUUAACAGCUGGUAAGCUGGCUGGGAUUUCUGUGAAUUGAGGACCUAAGUUCGUCCAUACCUGCUAUAUAUGGUGUUCUUAAAAAUCUGUUUUCAAAUGAAGGAGGGCCCAAAUCUCCAUGUUAAAUUCUGAUAAGGUGAAGUUAGCAUGUAAUGACAUUAAUUUUCCAAAUUUCACAUGGGGGAUUUUCUUAUGAAAUGUACACCCUGUGAAAAAUCUCAAAAAAUCCUGUCUCACUUUAUGUCAGUCAUCUUGUGAUGAAUAUAUGUAAGAACUGACCCUAAACCAUGGUGCUGAUAAAAGAGAUAGAGGGGAGAGGGGUCUUUUUCUUUUCUUGUUGACUGUCAUGACUGGAAAGCGCUAUUAUUUAAUGUACUACAUUUGUGCCAAACCUGAUCAGUAUAUGUACAUGGAACAAUAUGUCUCACAUUCAUUGUACACGACUCUUUGAAAAGUUGUAACAAACCUUUUCACUGUUUAUAUGAACAAUAUAUAUAUAUAUAUAUAUUUGAACAAAAAUAAACAAUUGAAGCUA